UUGUGGUGGGGAGAGGACGUACUCGUUCAUCCCCGAGUGAUACAUCAUGGAGCUUUCUUUAGUGGGUGAUAGGGUUUAUGCCGCAGAAUGCAUACAGAAGAAAAGAGUGAGGAGGGGACGUGUGGAGUAUUUGGUCAAAUGGAAGGGCUGGUCUAACAAACACAACACAUGGGAGCCGAUUGAAAACAUCUUGGACGUGCGCCUGCUAGAGGCCUUCGAGGAGAGCCAACGUGAGUCUGGGGGAGCCAAGAGAGGACCCAAGCCUAAGAACAAGGGGAGAGACGUACCACACCAAGUCAGGGAGAGCAGGAGCAGCACCUUGGCCGCUCAAGGGGCAGAGCGGGAGGCUGAGCGUAGCACCAGUAGCAGCAGCAGCAGCCGGGUGGAGCUCGACACAGGCACCGAGGAGGAGGAGGACUAUGACGACACCACCGAUGUUGACACCGCCUCCACCACUACCACCACAACUACUACCACCACCACCUCCUCCUCCUCACCAUCAUCGUCAUCGUCAUCAUCCACCACCACAACCACAGCCACCACUACUACCACAACCACCACGAGCACCACCCCCUCCUCCCCUACCAGUCCUGCCGUCUCGCCGCCCCUGCCCGGCAAACGUAAAGCAGAACCACUCCGCGAUGGCAAAGUCGGUAUUGCUAUAGUCAAGGAUAGUUCUGACAGUCCGCCGCCCAAGUUGCCUCGGCUGAGCUCGCCCAAGUCUCCCUCACACGCCCGAGAAGAUCAACACAAGUCGCCUAAAACGCCGCAGUCGACAGGCACCCCAUCCGCCCCUACGUCGCCGGCGCCACAGACACCCAAAACCCCGAAGAGUCCGCCUCCUACUACGCCCACGUCAGAAUCUCCGGCGGGGAAGGUGACCACUGAGUCUCCCGUAUCAGCGCCUCAGGUGCCUGACUCCCCACACCUCAACGGUGACGCUGAGGAACCUGUUACAAACUCUACGGAAACUGCUAUCAAGGAAGAUCAUGAAGCUGGUGUGUACGAGAGUGAGAGCGUCGAGGAAACUGGCGAGGACGCAGGCGAAGAAGAGGAUGAAGAGGAAGAGGAGGAAGUGUUGGUGGCACCAGACCCAAGCUACUGGUACAAGAGGAACCCUCUGGCAGAUGAGAUCUUCAUCACCGAUGUCACCGCAAACCUGAUCACCGUCACCAUCCGGGAGUGUAAGACACGCCAGGGGUUCUUCAAGGGCACUGAUGAGAACCAGAAUUCUCAGUCGUCCAUCAAAUGAUGUGGCCCUCUAGGAACCCCUUGUUGCUGGGAGCAAGCCUACGACUUGAAAGAAUCACUCGCUAAGUGUAUUUUGUGCAUACCCUUGGAAAUGUUUUGCAUAAUUUCAGUGCGAAGAAAGAAACUGGUAUGUGAAGUGCAGAUGGCCUGCAUAGCCCUGGCAGCCAUCCUUCCUUCCCUCUUGGUCCGUCGUCCCCAACACUGAUGUGAUCAGUGAUUGAUAAGUUUUUUACCUUUUUUUUUUAGGAUUUAAUUCUGGCUACUGCAUAAACUCAUCCCAGCAUUCUGAAGUGAUUUUUCUUGGUGUUUUUUGAGACGCCAAAAGUAUUAACAAAAGAUAGUCUUCCAGUAUUGGUGGUUGGCAGUUGAGAGUGUACUUGAAUGGAAGAUUCAAGUACAUGCAAAACUAUACAUAGAUUAAAUGUGUAUAUUGGCUAGAAUAGAAAUUUGUUAUUAACUUAAUUCGGUUGUGGGUGUAGAAGCGAGUUCAAUCUACAUUUAUUCUUAAUGAUUUAACAGCAGUUCUGGGACCAUUUAUGUUAGUCUUAAAUUUGUUAAUGUACUGGAAAUUUCAUCAACCCCAACUUCAACAAUGCUGAAGUGAAAUCAUGUGAAUCACGCCAUGGGGAAACUAACUACUGUGACUGCAUGUAAGACCAGCAGCUUUACUUUACAGAAAACGUGCUGUGUACUAGUGUCCUUAUUCCACUGUGAAAUAUGUGUUUUUUGUCAACCUACUGGACUGUCAUUUUUAUGAUAAACAAAUAGAAAAUGGGAGAUAUCAAAAAAUUAAAUAUGGAUGCUGAUAAAGUCAGUCCAUAAGUAGCUAAGAAAGUUUGUAUUGUGUUUAGAAAAGGUGGACAGCCUUGUACUGUAGAGAGGAGGAAGCUCUCUGAUGACUGAGUGUGUAUUAUGAAGAUACAGCAGCAAGAGUGAGCAUUCAGAUUGUGUUGCAGGUGAAGCACUUGGGAUGAUGCAGGAUGGACAAAACAUUCAGAAGAUGUGGAGAACAAGCACCCAAGGUGUAAUGUUGGCAUUCCUCAGUAGUCAGGAGGAAACAUGACAUUUGGAAGAAACGCGAGUCGUUCAGUCUGCGAAAUGACAGCGUGAUUACCAUUCUUCACUUGGUGUGGGUCCCACUGGUUAUGUUAGACCCAUUAUGGUGAUCAUAUUCUGUGAACUUGUGACAAUGCACUCACAAGGCCCACGUGUGAGCACUGUUGUAAGUUAUGUUUCCAGAUAAUGUGUUUGUGGAUACUAUCUAGAGCCUGCGAGAGACUGAUGUUACCCAACCAUCCCUGGGAGUAAACAAGUAAAGGUUAACCAGUGUCUCGACUGAGUUGAGGAUAUCAUAUUUCAAAGAGUAUUGUUCUAACUGAUAAACUCUCUGAAUUAUUUUAUGUCAUUUACAUAUAAGAAGAUUAGGUGUGUGUCACAGAGCCAUGAAAAUAUGAUGCCACUGUCUCACCCUAACUCUAUCGAGAUGAAAGUUUGGUAUAAUGGUGGUGGAACAGAUUCCCCCAUGCCUUGACGACCCGCUAGACGUGAGUCACAAGGCACCCUUUAUGCAGUUAGUGAUAAUGAUGAUCAUGAAGGCGGGCGAGGUAGGUCACUGUGGUCCUCAUGGGUAGUAGGUGGCCCUCUUGUUUUUUAAUGGAUUCCUCCUACACCCUAAUGAUCCAUCAUGGAACUCGUGGUACAAAGCCCUCAGGCUAAGCCUUUUGCAUGUGGAUGCCUUUAACUGUACUGGUGUCCACACAUUGUGUUGAUGUCUACACGUCACAGCUGUCACACGGAAUGUCCAUAUAUUUCUGUGCUUCACUACCCCUACGUCAGUCCCCGAGGGAUAUUCAUGGGCCACCUCGCCUCAAGAUCUGACAGUUGGCUAUCUCCUCGUCCAUGAUAAUAGAUUAUAUAUAAUAUAUCUAUAUAUGCAUCCCACUUUUUUAUGUUCUGUAUAUCCAUUGACACUUGGUGACUGCAUGACAUUUGACUGUGACCUGAGAAACUAUUUAUCUUUUUACUGUACUGUACAUGACGAUUUAUAAGGAGCUUUAUACUCUUGUGACGAAUAUAUGACUGUAUUUCUUCUGUUGGCGUCUGCUUAAUUUUCUUGUUUUUUUUCUCUCUUCAUGUGUGUUAAUAUUUACCUAAGUCAGUGCAUUGCAUUUUAAUGGAAAACUUCAUAUAAUAUUGCUUAAGGAAGAAAUACCUGUGUCUUGAGUCAAAAUGUACUUUAUUAUAGUAGUGAGCCAUUCCCAGGUGAAGUGUGUGCAUGGAAACGGGAGCUGAAUACAGUAUGUGUCUUUGCGUUUGUGUGUACAUAAAUAUGAUGCAUUU